UACUUUCACACACACAAACCCACGUUCAAGCAAAUAGAAUCCAAAUGCCUUUCGUUUGGCACAUUUGAAGUUUUUUUUUUAAUGAUUUUUUGUGAAAAAAAGCAUUUUGGCUGUAAAUAACGACUAAAUAUUUUUUGAAAACAAACAAAUUCAGAACCGAUUGCACUACAGCAGCAAAAGUUGCCGCAACGCAUACGCAGUAGCAGUAGCAGCAGCAGCAGCCUGACAAACAGACGCCACAACAAGAAUGUUGCUAGUGAAAAAACUUUUGACUAAAUUCAACGAGCAUUUUCCCAAGUUUGUUUUGAAAAAUUACUCGUAUAUUUUCUUAGCUAUUUUGAUAGAAUCUUAAGCAAAAGGAAAAAAUUCACAAAAUUUUUCAAAAAAAAUUCGACCUUUAAAUUAGCAAUGAAUUAUAAUCGUCGCAGGAACAUAUUUACUUUGGGCGAUUUUCAUCAAUAUCCAAAUCCAACACAGCAAAUAAAGGCUCAGCAGAACCGACGUCAAAGUUCCGAUCCCUUCGAACGAGAUCCCUUCAAAAUCCAAUCGUACAAUUUUCGUUACGCCGAGCGUCCAUCUUACCCGUUACCCAAUCUGUACAAUAGUCGCGUACAACCGGCAUCGUCGUCCUCGAAUAAACGCUUUGAGACAUUUUUCUACAAUUAUGACUUCACUCCUUCUGUGCAUGACAAAGAGAAUCCUCCAGCACACAAAUUUCGCGAAUUUCGCCGACGGAAAUUCCUAUUGGAUCACCAACACCAACAGCAGCAUCAGACAACACCAUUCGUGCACGUGCCGACCGUCAAUAGCCGGGAAUCGUCGUCAUUCCAACAAACCAACACCACCACCACCAACAACAACAACAGCAACCACAUGUGCCAACAACAGCAGUUGCAUCCAAUCGUCAACGCCACCAUCCGUAUUGGUACAAGCGCCAGCCAAACUGCAAUUACGUCGUCCGCUGGCGCCGCUGGAGCAGCAAGAGCCGCCAGUCGGCCGAGCUCUACGCGCAUUGAAUAUGAGCGUACACACGCAGACGACGACGGCUGCGGUGUCGCAAGACAUCACCAAGCAACACGUUGCAGUGCAACAGAUACGAGCAGCGUCGCUACAGCAGCGGGACUCCGUUACGGACGUGACAAUGUUAGCAUAUCCUCGCACAUGCCUAGCCUCAACAAAUCCGGUCGCAAGACGCAUGCGCGCUCUACUGGGAACCGAGAAUAUUUGCGUGCACUCGCCACAGCCCAUAUCAACGAGUCCGCUAACCAGUCAAAUUUCUUUGGUCGGGGGCAUGGCGGCAGUAGCCGCACGUCAAUUGAACGUGGCCGACGGUCACGCUUUGAGCGCUUGGGUAACGGGUACACACUUACAAAUGGCAACAACAUCUUUGGCAGAAUGCAAAGUGGAGAAUUGUCAAGCUCAGGAACGUCGCCGACGAAAUAUGUGGGACAACCCGUACAGAACGUACACUCAGUUUCCCCGAAUCGGGUAACUGCAACGGUGGAGAAAACGGAGGGUACUUGUUCCGGCUGUCAAAUCAAUAUAAAUAUCAAAGGUUUAGACUCCACGCAGUUGGGUGAUAAUGUAGUCAUCAAGAUCGAAUCGGACAAAAUGUCGCCAAACAAAACUAAUUCGAAAGCGGAGCAACAUGCUCCUGUUAUCAGUACGUUGAAUAAUAUUUAUAGUGCCACCGGUAGCGCACAGCAUAGAAACGACAUUGCAAUCGCCAAGUUGGUGGAAAUAAAACGAAAUUCCGAUAUGUCACACAAUCUCGACAACAAGCCGAAAGCGUCAACGCAUCAGCAGCCUCAAGCCAUGCGUAACAGUUCCUCAUCAUCAUUUGUAAUCGAUAAACGUCUGUCCAAGUUUGCACUAAAUAGCACUGAUGAGCCACGUAAGCACCGACCACGGAGCUCCUCAUACUCGCGCAUACCAAUCACCUCGUCCACCACACGCGCUAUGGGUUUUAACACCUCCAACUCAGCCGUACGUAGCUCAAAUAGUACCGAAGGCAUAUCACGCGUACCAAAAAGUGUCUCCAAAGAACGCAUGCCCAGUAUGGUGCCCUGGUGUUUGGACACGACUUUACGUCGCGGCUUUUCGCACGAUGAAGAUGAUACUAAGCCGCCUCAACCAAUGAAGCCCACACGACCCUCGUACGACUCCACGCUCAACGAUGUGCGUAAAAUGCGUCGUCAAGCGGUUGUGGCAGCUUAUAAGCCAUUCUCACUACAGCGCACUUCCGUAGGUUCAUCACUGCGCCCGCGUAAAUCAGAAAGUUUCCACGGCGGUAGCAAACAAGCCACAAAUAAUGAUACGUGCAAACCGAUUGAUAAAACAUAUUUUAAGAAAUCAAACGGGAAUUGGAAUACCGAUAGCGUGCGACAUAAUGCGUCACAUCAUUCACUGCGUGCUGUUAGGCCUAGUAGGGGAACUCUGCGCUCGCAGUCAAGCUCACAACUGGAACUUAAACAUUCGCCUACAAUGAUUAUGCAUCGCAGUAGAUCGAGUAUACGUCCGACUGCACAACAUCCCACUGAUAGUCAGAGCCACGUGAGUGUAAAAACUACACCGCUCAAUGUUAAUAUAAAUGUUUUUGCCGAUAAAUUGAAGCUACUACGUGUUUGAGGAGACAAUUUCACGUCGGUUGAUGUAAUUAAAUGGCAAACCAAGUGUGCAUAAAUGUACGAUGAUAAAUUUUUGAAACAAAAUUACAUCUCAACCAUCUGCCAGACAGGGCUUCGAGGUCGGAAGUGAGCUGAAGAUGGGAAUAGAUUGUUUGACUUUCGAAUGUGUAUCGUUUAAUUUGCCUUCCUGGGGGAAGUGUAGAAAAAAAGAUGCACAUUUGACACGUCUAUGCGUAUUGUUCACACAUUUUAAGCUUGACUUCACACAGACGCCAUAACUGCUAUCUCAGAUAACACUUUUUAAGCAGUACUUCGAAAACUCAUCGAUCCAUUCAAACAAAAUUCAAAUACCGUUAUUAAAGAAAAAUAAGUUCCUGCUGAAUACAAAUUUAUAAAAGUUAAAAAAAUUCAAAAUUUAAUCGAAAUUCAAACUUCUUCUGUAAGCCUUUAUUGUGACUACAUGUCGUGAGACCAAACACUCAAAGAAUAGUUGUAAAGGAAUCUAUGAGCAUACAAUAUAAAUAAUAUAUGUAUAUUUUUAUAUUUAUUUUACAAUAAUUUUUAAGUACAAAUAUACACAAUUCAAAUGUAAGGCUUUACGCUAAUCAUGGAGAAAAUUAUUAAAACUAAAUUGUUUUUAUAGUAAACA